AUGACGGGACUCGCCACGCUCUUCCGGACCCGCAGCGGCCGUGUGUCUAGUGUGCAGCGGCACUUUUCCACAUCCGCGCCCAGAACGGCCGCGCCCACGCCGGCCGCACCCAGAACGGCCCUAGUCUCCGGAGCCGAGUCGGCCCCGCAGACCUUGGCCCAGCUGCUAGCAGCUUCGCCGGCAGCAGCGUACCUCGGCAGCCUCUCGGCGCCCCGGCACGGCCCGGACACAGCCACCACGCCCGGGCGCAGCGAGCUUGUCAAGGCGGAAAUCGCCCGGCUCUUGCGUGAAAAGCGGUUCGACGCGUUGCUCGCGACCGUGUCCCGAUGGACGUCGCCAGCACUGCGCGUGCCGUGGCACACGGUGCUCUUGCCACGGGAAAUGGCGCACGUGCUCCGCCGCUUGGUGGAGUACCAGAAACACAUGCUCUUCAAGGCCAGCUCGGCCAAGAUGAUGGCGCACAAGGACGCCGCGCCGCACAUGGCGCACGUGCGCCGGCUCCGCGAGCAGAUCCGGGCCGUCUACGCCAACAUGCUCCUGGCGCCCGGCUCGGACGCGCCGCACUUGUACGCCAAGGGCUCCGGGCCGCUUGCGCCGGGCGCCGCCGCCGCGCUGCCGCCGCGGUUCUCGUUGGCCGCGGCCGACUACGAGAACUUGAUUGAGCUCGAGUUGAACAACGCCAAGUUGGACUUGGCGCUGCGCUGGUUCCAGCACUUGGACCGGCAGCACGGGCCGGCCGCGCCGCGGCUCCGGACGCACCGGCUCGGCGUGCUCCGCUUCCAGGUGUACGGCAACGCGCAGCUGUCGCUCUGGCGCGUGGAGCGGUCGCCGUUGAACGACGUGGUGGUCGACCCGCGGCAGUCGUCGUUCAAGCACGCGCAGAAGUGGCCGGACUUGUUCCGUGCGUACGCGGCGCAGCAGGGCGCGGCGGUGGGCGCGGCCCGCCCCGUGUUCGACUCCGCGUUCGUGGCGGUGAUGCUCCUGCUGGUAGCGUACGACAAGAACGUGAAGCAGGCCGCGCGGCUCGUGGAGGCCAACUGGGGGCUUGCGCCGGACGGGCGGCUCGUGCCGGGCUUCCGCCGCCCGGCGCCGCUGGACCCCCUCUUCCCGGACUUGGACGUGCUCACGGCCGUGGUGGUGGCCCUGCUCUUCAACCAGCAGUACGUCAGCUGCAUGGCGUACAUCAACGCGUUCCAGGCGCACUACGCCCUCGACGUGGGCGGCCCGCACAGCCGCCGCUUCUGGGACCAGAUCUUCCGCUGGGCCGAGAUCGCCUCGCGCUUCUCCGAGGCCCGUGCGUUCCAGCACUUCGUGUCCUCGACGGGGGCGCCGGUGGCCGCCGGGACCGCAGACGCCUUCCCCGCGGCGCUCGACGAGGCCAAGCAAUCCGCGGCCUUCGACUACGAGCGCUUCUUGGCGUUCGUGGCCGGCUUGCGCCGCCAGCGCCACGGCUUGCUUGCCGAGCUCUGGAAGUGUUUCCACGAGUCCAGCCCGGGCUUCUCCGCCCGCCCGUACCGCACCUACAUGCACGUGGCCGCGGAGCUCUUGCAGCCGCUGGUGGUGCUGACCGCCGCCGAGUGCGAGCUCCAGGGCGCGGCGCUAUGCUAUGACAUCUUGCGCCGCCUCGCGGACGAGGCCGAGGCCCACUCGGUGGCGCCGUGUUCGUUCAAUGCGCCGCUGGCCCGCGCCACGGGGGAGCGCAUCCGCUCGCUCUAUGCGCAAACCUUGCGCAUGCUUGUGCACGCCAAGGGCCAGGCGGGGCACAUGGCGGAGAUCCCGUACAUUGCUCGCAAAUGGAGCCUUGACACCGUUAUGGAGCGCGACGUGCGCCUGUGGGCGCAGCGCAGGGAGAACGUGUAUUUGCAAAAGAUGCUGGAGCUCGAGCUGCGCCGGUUGCGUGAAGACGAGGACGACGGCUUUUUGGACCUCCUCUAG